ACCAGGAUAACCGGCGGUAUUUAAAAACAAUUGACGUGAAAAUCCUCUCAGUUAAUAACAAUCAUGCAAAUGCGCCGGGGAUUACUUCUCACCUUCUUGUUGGUGUGCAGUGUCGCUGCAAACUGGGAUCUCGAAGGUGUUCAGUAUUCACAGAAUGCUCAAAGCCUACGUGCCAAUACCCAGAGGAACCCAGAUGUAUACCGCGAACCUAGAUUUGAUGCAAGAUUUGAUGGACGUCGUAAUGGACGUGAAAGCCGACCUAGGUUCCAAGAUGGCCAAGUAAAUGUUGGUCAACUGCAGAACGUCAACAGCCAGACUCAAGAUUCUGUACUAAACUCAAACCAUGAACAAGAUUCACUUUUGCUUUCUAAUCAGGACAGGUUUGGAAAUGCCUAUCGUGAACCUUGUACAAGAGGCAACAUCGUCAAUAUUUACCAGACGUCAAGAAAUUGUAGGAAUCAUCAACUUGACCCGUUGGACCUUCAAGAACAACCCAACUCUCCUUAUGUAGAUGGACCAUACCUAAACCAACAAGGUGUAGAUAACUAUCGUCUAUACCCUGAGUCCGCUCGUCAACAAUUAAACGGACAAUAUUCCGAACCAAUGUACCCGGAUCAAGUUGAUCGCCGCAGCCACCCAACUCAGACAUUGUAUCCUGUCCCACAACCAACUAGGCCAACACAUUCAUCAACCCAAGACCAAAAUGUCAAUGUUGGCCCUCAAGAAGUAAAUCCUGUAGGAUUUUCCAAUGCUGAUUCAAGGGCAACGACUGCAACCAAUGUCUAUUUGUCCUGCCCAAACGAGCGCAACUCUCAACGCACUAAUGUUCGCAGGACAGCCAACCCUUGAAUUCCACUCACGGAAUGAAUUCUUCUGAGCAAUACGAAAAAAUUAUUCCAAUUUGCAUUUUUAAAUGCAAUAUGAGCUUUGACUAUUCAGUUUCCACAUCUCCAACAAAAUUGACAUACUCAAUUAAACAGAUAUGAAAAAUA